AAAGGAUUUCUAUAGGCAAGCUUUAUAUAAUGCUUGCGAAUAUGCAAAACAAGUAUGUUCCUCGUGAAUACUUGCCCGACCUCUUACCCGAUAAAAUUUUGAAACUCGAUGAUAAAAUGCCAGAAGAGCAUGUAAUGUCAGAUGACGAAA